ACGCCACGUAUCCCAACUUCAGCAUUCGCAAACAAAGGUUCGGUAAUAAACGCACGACAAACGGUAGCGAAAUGGCUUUCAAGUUCGUGGUCCUGGCCUGUGCCCUUGCUGUCGUUAAUUGUUCGUAUAUUCAUAACCCAAUGGGGCAUGGUUACGGUGCAUCAACGACGCAAUACGGCACGCAGGAAGUGCAUUACCCUUCCGGCGGAGGAGGAAGUUCGCAGGGGGCGACAUCCCAGACGGAAAGUAUCCUGAGGGGUCAUGAGAACCUGCAGGGUCAGCUCAGCGCAAGCCAGGAGAAGGCGGUGCAGAUAAGUUCCGGCCAGUACUCGAGUCAAGGAAAGACCGAUGUCCGUGUAACAAAUCCUGGAUCAUAUUCGACGGGCAACUACAACAACGGCCAAGGCUCCCAAGAGCAACAGGUCGUAACGUACACACCAACGCCUGGCUACAACAACCACCCUGGAAACAGAUACGAACACUCGGCAUCCUCGUCCUACCAACAAUCGACGCCUGUUUACGGACAUUCCACCACCGCUUAUGUUCAGCCUACUCCCGUUUACGGCCAGUCAACGGGAGCCGUUUACAGCCAUAAUUCUCUACCUGUUUAUCAUUACGCUACGUCAGAAUAUGCAGGACAAGGAGGGUCCAGCUAUUCGCACGGAGCAGCACCCACCUACUCUCACCCUUCGUCGAACCGUUAUUCGCAGGCCGGAUCGUCUGCGGGUGGUCCAGGUCUCCUUGGAGUAUCAUAUUCCCCAGCGGUCUCCGUUUCGCAUAUGAGCUACACCAGCCCAGUUGGUAUUUCUUAUGCCUGGUAGGCUGAACAUUGAAGUCUUGCACAGUGGAAUUAUACGUAUAAGGAUAUACACUACUUAUAACUAGAUUCAUUAACCAGAGUUUGAUUGAUUCAUCGUUUGUACUCCCAUUCGUAACGGAGUUAAGUGCAGUUAUUGUCAGAUCUGAGGAUAUCAUGUCAGUGCAAUAUUUCGACAAUUAUUGUCGAACGUUAACAUCACGUUGUCUUCGGCUUAUUACGAAUCAGUUGAUCGUAGAAAAUGAUGCGUACACAUAAGUACACCAUGCAUUCCUCGAAUCGAUGGUACAAUAAAGAAAUAAAAUCCGUGAA